AAGCGAGGCCGGAGCUCCUCCGAUCGAGAACACCUGCUAAAAGAGGUUGACGUCGUGUGCUUCGAUCAGUUCGACGGCCGGUGCCACUUUCAGAGUAUCACUCUUUGUUUUUGAGGCGGAUGGAGGCACCUUAUGAUGCUUCUGUUUCCAAUGGGAAAGGAAAGCAAGGAGAAUCUAUCACAUUUGACUGACAUCACGGCGUAAUGCAGGAUCAGUACAGCUGUACUGGACCAGACGGAAUCCGGUUGGAAAUAGCCUCAAGGCAAGCGCCUGUGGAUAAGGUACUUUCCAAGCUGCUUGCCUGGCGUCUCAGAGUGUGUGGGUCGGCCGCUGCCAGAUCUUCCCAGGCUUCAUAUUUGUCGCCCCUGUCGGAGACCCGAAGUAGGCAUGGGGCAGAUUGUAAUGCUCAGGUGAUCACCUGCCUCGCUCGCUGCUGGACGAGAGACCAAAUGGAUACGCUAUCAUUCAGAAGCAGGUGUCCCGACGCUACGGGCCUUUGUUUUGGGGGAAACACUGAGCUGGGGGUACUUGUACAAUACAAAUUACGUAGCCAGAGAUAUGGGACGCUUUGUGGUCUUUUCUCUGCCACAGGUAGUUCGCCUAGAACAAAGGGACUGAAACUAUCAAGCGACCAAAUACCAACACUGCCCGGGUUGUCGGUGUUUUGGUGCUGUGGUAAGUUAGUAUCCGUACCAAUGAGGUAUUUCAGUGGCUCGCUGCGUUGCUUGUUCUUGAGCAUACUCCGUACGCAAUCCACAAAAAAGAUCUCAGGUAGGCCCCAAUACGAAGUCAACAGUAUGCCUAAAAGCAUAGUGUACUCGUUUGCCGAAUCAAGCAUCUUGCUGAAUCAGACUGAUGAUUUCGACGCUUAUUACCAAGGACCCACACCCAAGUCGCGCUUGGCAUGUGCAACUUCUCGUGAAGCCGUUUCUAACCAGUUUCUCUGCCACCAAUCCCGAACCAGAAGCACAGCCAGCAACCGCAACAACUGCUUAUUCAACCGCCAUACCCAUCUCACAACUCAUCACCAUUGCGGCUGGGGUGACACAAUUAGAUAGCUUACAAUGGCGGAUUACGACCGCAGAUCAGGCGGCGGCAGCAGCUACAACCCGAAAAAGCGUCGCUAUAGAGAUGAUGACGACUACGACCGCCGUGCGCCCCGCAGGCGCUUCGACGCGCCGCCGCAUGUGCGCGUGCGCAAGCAGCUCAUUGCCAUUGCCGAGAACCCCAUGCGUGCCUGGCACGAGGAAGUCCAGACCAUCGCCAACCUGUUCACAGACAACUGGGACGACG